CGACACACCAAGGAGGAGACAACCGACUGACAACAAACAACGGUCCAGCGACCAGAGCAUCGCUGUUCUUCCCAGUAGUUCAUGCCACACUGUUUGUUAUGGUUAAUAAACUGAACGUUAAUUUCAGUCCCUCAUACGCACCGUGGUAGCUGGUCUUCACUGAAGUCACGUUCAGCCGUUAGUUCCCGUUAGUUAUCGCUCCACGUCCGCUCGAAAUGACAAGUUACCGGACGUUUCACUCCCAGCUGGCGUCCAUCAUGGAGGCGCUGGCCAAAGCGGCGGUGGCAGAGAUCUGCGAGCUGGUGGAUGAAGGCUACGCCGUCCUGCAGCUGGAGAUCAGCCGGAGGCAAGAGGAGAACGAGGCGCUGAGGAGGAAGCUGGAGCUCAUCGAGACCAUCGUCGCCCGGGGACACCGAGGGGACGGGACCACCGGUGGGGGGCCGUUGGAUUUCACUAACGAUCGUGCUCUGACAGCUGGACUCGUCUCCAAACCGCCAAAAACAAAUGUGAAAAAGAUCGGGUGGGUCCCUGUGUCAGAGGCGCCAAAAGAGCAGAGUCCUGCAAGCAAAGAGGACUCUCCUGCAGCAGCUGCAGAGGAGCUGAGUGAUCAGGACAUCGUUUUGAUUAAGGCAGAAACUAAAACGGAGGAGGUGAACGAUGAAGACACCACAGACGUACUGCUUCUCAGAGAGGAAGGAGCUGAGGAGCAGCAAAUGGGAGCAGACGAUGGUGAAGAAGGCCCCUCAGGGACGAUGAUCUCGACUGCAGUCAUGAAGCCGUGGGAUCCAAACAUUGACAGACCGUCAGAGUCCCUCAGUGUCCCAGUGUCUCCUGGUCCUGUAGGGGGCGCUGAGAGCACCUCGUCUGGUGUUGUGUUAGACUUAGCCUCCGAGUCUGACUGUGAAGAAGUACCAACAGCUGAAACAAGGAGGCCGUUCCACUCUGGAGCAGGAGGAAGUCCCGCCUCCCUGCCUGGGACGUCUGAGCUGAGUCAGGGAGCGUCUAUAAUGAACUAUGAUACAGAGCUGGACCUGAACUCCUCCUGGACCAGUCAGAGCCUGCCAAGCAUGGCACCUGUUGCUCACAGGCCAUCACUCCUGGACAAGGUGUCAGACUUGAACCCUGCAGCCUUCCCCAUGGUGCUCAAUCUCAGUGGAUCCAGACUGGAUCCUCUGGAGUUGAACAGAUUCUGCAGGGACAGACGCUUCGUCUGCAGUUACUGCGGGAAGUGCUUCUCAUCAUCUCGAAGCUUAGAGACGCACAUCCGUGUCCACACAGGAGAGCGGCCGUACAGCUGCGCUCAGUGUGGGAAGCGCUUCACACAGUCUGGACACCUAAAGACGCAUCAGAGCGUCCACACCGGGGAGAGGCCGUUUGCCUGUGAGCACUGUGGGAAACGGUUCGCCGGGAAACAGAAUUUGAGGAUCCAUCAGCAGAAACACCACCCGGCAGAGCGGGGAGCUGCUCCUGUUUAGCUCAACAGGAAGUGAGAGACACUGUCAGAGCUACAGUGAGACCAGCUGACCUGAUCUAUACUGUGAUUGACAAAACCUGUACUUUACUGCUCUUAUUGGUCCUUAUACUUAUUUUUAAACGGUGGUGUCUGAGGCCACAUUUACAGAAAAAUGAGCCACUGAAAAGGCCUUUAGCUUUUGUUUUAAAAAGGCCCAGAAUUCAGACCUCAAUGUUUAGAAAACAUUGAGCAAUGAAAACAUGGUCGUUUUCACACCUGAUAGUCUGGGGGACUUGGCCUGUUUUUGAGUGGAAAUGCAACAUUGUUGGUUUGGUUUGUAUUCACAUUGCUCUUGGUCAAAAGAAUCAAACCAUCUGAACACAUACAACCUCUGCCCGUUGGCGGGGGCUGUCGUCACAAACAUAUGGCGACCAAGAAGAAAAGCAGGCAUAGAAGAAGACAAAACCGGAAAUCCAUCUCUUGCCACCGGUCUUUUUUUCCACAUAAGCAAUGAAAAAACACAGAAUUUACACUGUCUUGGGGUUUCUGCUUUUGCACUGGGGCAUAACGAGCAGCCAGUGAGGCAGUGAGCUGUCCAGCAUGUCGUUCUUUACAUGAGACGAAUAAAUCAGCACCGACAACGACGUGUUGCUAUGGCUACACCGACGUUAAGCGAGGUACCGACAUGUAUUUGAGUGUAUUAAAUCACAUAGAAAUCCAUAUAUCAUUACGCUUUACGCCACUUCCUGCCCGUGGUUCACAAGUUGGCCCGCUUUGCUUUCAUAACCCAAAUGAACCUCACCAGGCUUCUUUUGGAAGCGGACUGAGAGUCCCUGUUUUCAAGCGGACCAGAGUCCCACUUGUUUGGUCCGCACCAGAGUUCGUUUGAACUUUCACAUCACUCCAAAUGAACCAGACUAUCCGGGAAAACGGACCAGAGUUCGUUUAAAGCAGGCCAAACAGCUCUGGUGUGAAUUUUGACAGCAGUGUCUCAAGGAUUUUGCAAAAUGUCUUAAGAGGAUAGAACAGAAAAUUUACUUUUGAAACCACAGCUUCUGUUGACCUUCGUCAGUAGUUUACUCGGUGAUGGAAACAGUGCUGUAGUUCGCAUUCUGUAGCCUGUUUUCAACAUUUUCUGCUUUCAGGCACCAAAAGCGCUGUUGUCAUGUAGCCACAUUGCAUCAAAAGCUAAGCUUGUUGACAUGAAAUCACAGCAAGAAACGUGGCCUGAAACACAACAAGUGGUCACAGUUUUGGCUGAAAUUGUCCUGUAAAUGUGGCCUUAGAUUGUAUGAUGUUUUUCUAAGCAGUGUGACUGUUUCAUUUUGUCAGGCCUUGUAUUUUUUACCAUAUGACCUGUCUCAGGAGGUAGCUGACACAAAAUUAAACCACAACUUGAUUCUGAUUCAUUCUUGCCUCGAUAAGAACUUGGGCUAUUUGACUAUUUGACUUUUUUUAGUGUUCAUUUUGUCUCUGCUCUACUCUAUAUUGUGCACAAAGUGCUGCAGGAGCCUCAUUUGUCAGUGGAGCUGUAACUCCUGUUUUACUCCUUUUUAUAGCAUCCAAUAAUUAAAAACUCAAAUUUUUAAAAAAUGAGCACUGUGACAUUAAUGUGUUUGCUAAUAUCAAAAUAUUAUGAUCAAAACUAUGUUUGGGAAACAUUUGUUUAAGGUUUGUUUUGACUUUAAAGUCUGACCCCUGUCCUAUGUGUUAACAUGGAGGAGGCGGAGCUUAUGACCUAUACUACAGCCAGCCUUAGGGAGUUCUCUGAAUAUUUUGGCCUCAUUUUUGGGGAGCCGUCAUGUCAUCUUUUCAUACAUUUGAUUGACUUGAGCAUUGUCAGCUGGUGAAAAUAAAAAUGAUUAAUGUGUGGAAUCAACAGUAAGAGAAGAAUGUCAAAGUGAAUUGACUGCUCAGUGAAUCUGAAAAUAAAACUGCAUUUUUGAUGAG